GCCCGCCGCCACUACUAAUAACGUAAGGCCCGCCGCCACUACUAAUAACGUAAGGCCCGCCGUCACUACUAAUAACGCAAAGCCUGCCGUCACCACUGCUAAUAAUGUAAAGCCCGCCGCCACUACUAAAAUCUCAAGGCCCGCGGCAACUACUAUUAACGUAAGGCCCGCCGCCACUACUAAUAAAGCAAGGCCCGCCGUCACUACUAAUUACGCAAAGCCCGCCGUUACUAAUAAUAAUGUAAACAAUGAAAAGCCCUGCACCACUCAAAAAUCAAAUAAUAACGCAAAACCCACCAUUGUUAAAGGCGUAACUAAUAAUGCAAAGCCCAACAGCGUCGUUAAAGACUCAUCUAAUAAUGCAGAGCCCAGCAGCGUCGUUAAAGGUGUAACUAAUAAUGCUAAGCCCAACAGCGUCGUUAAAGACACAUCUAAUAAUGAAAUGCCCAGCAGCGUCGCUAAAGACUCAUCUAAUAAUGCAAACCCCAACAACGGCGGUAAAGCCCAAGGAAAGACAUCAACGAAGUAA